AACACCGCAUAACUCAGAUACAGUCACAAGUUCCACUCUGGCAGGCAUGAGGCAAGGGAAGUUGUGCAAACGGGGGGCCAUGAUCGAUAGGCGGCUGCUGUUAAUGGCCUUUUCAUGUGUAGGUGCAGUCAUGUCAGCCUCACUACCUGCACACAAGUCUGAUGCCUCUGUGACCCCAGAUCACCAGCUGGAGGCCCCUCUGGGCCAGUCUGAUGCCCCUGUGACCCCAGAUCACCAGCUGGAGGCUCCUCUGGGCCAGUCUGAUGCCCCUGUGACCCCAGAGAACAUGCUGGAAGUGCUGUUAGGCCAGUCUGCAGAGUUGUCCUGCCAGAUUCAGCUGCCUCCGGCCGUUCUGAAGGACAGCUGUAUCUAUGUGCAAACCAAAGACACUCGCAAGAAGAACCCACUGCCUACGUUUGUUACUGGCCCGGAGAAGGAGGUUGAGGUGAUUGAGAAAGUGCUUUUAUACUUGAGGAGAGGUCAGGAGAAGAUGGAGGACCAGUUCCCGCUUUACCAGAACCGAACGCAAUACUUAGGUGGAGCAGACGUCAAGGUGAAGCUUCUGAACGUUUCUGUGAGCGACAACAACACCAUCUUUCAGUGUGUGGUGUGUCCCCACUGCCGGAAUUGUGAAUACCAGACAGAGAUUACUCUUCGGACACAGACAAGGACAGAUGAAGAAGGUGGAAAUGGGAGCCCUACCGUGCCAGUGGCUGUUGCUGUUUCUGUUCCUGUGCUGGUGGUAGUGGGGAUCGUCAUCGUGAUUUGUUUGGUCUGCAUCAGGAAACAGCGUUCUAAAUCUGAUGCAGGAGCCAAUCAAAGCAAUCAAGAUGCCGCAGAGGGCGGGACCAUAGCAGUAGUGGAGAAUGGAGUAGUGGACACACCCACAGAGACAGAAGGGAACCAGAACCAGCCAGAUGAGUCGAUGGUGAUGACCCAGAGCCAGCCAAAUGGAUCAGUGAGGACGACCCCAGACCAGCCAAAUGGAUCAGUUAUGACGACCCUAAACCAGCCAAAUGGAUCAGUGAGGACGACCCCAGACCAGCUGAAUGGAUCAGCUGAGAAGAGCCAGCAGCAGCAGCACCAGCAGCACCAGCAGAGUGGAUCAGCUGAGAAGAGCCAUCAGCACGAGCAGCACCAGCAGAGUGGAUCAGCUGAGAAGAACCAGCAGCAGCACCAGCAGCAGAGUGGAUCAGCUGAGAAGAACCAUCAGCAGCAGCAGCACCAGCAGAGUGGAUCAGCUGAGAAGAACCAUCAGCAGCAGCAGCACCAGCAGAGUGGAUCAGCUGAGAAGAACCAUCAGCAGCAGCAGCACCAGCAGAGUGGAUCAGCUGAGAAGAACCAUCAACAGCAGCAGCAGCAGAGUGGAUCAGCUGAGAGCACAGCAGCCCCAGAACAGGAGCCUCUACUCAGGAACGGACACAGCAGGAGGGAGGAGGACCGUGGAGGCCAGAGGGACCAGGAGACCUGUCUGUAG